GUGGUUUCCACGUGAAGGCCAGGGCACACUACUACGUGUUAUCUCCUCCUCAGACAACUUACCACCCCCAUAGACAACUCACCGCCCCCAUGACACUUUUUUCUAUGUUUCCAACGCCUCCCAUUCUAUAAUCCACCGUUCUACAUUCUUCUCUGCCUUUUGCUCUAAUUUUCUCUCAAGCCGGCUCCUCUUCCUUACGACGAACCACUGUUACCCAGGCUCUGCCCGAUCUCAUUCCUCCUGUUGGUGACGAACGCUUCGGAAAUAAGAUCUUUAUCCUCCCUUCCAUUUCAUCUUCUUUCUCUUCUACCGCCUCAGUCGAUGGGUUCUAGGGUUUGAUUUAGGGGGAUGGGCUUGACGUUGUUGUUCAUCGCAAUCGUAUGCAUGGAAUCGACAAUUCCAAAUCAAAGCUUCUUCCAAAGUCCUGUCAUAUGUCGAAUACUACCAGAGGCGACAAACCAUUUGUUAUUUUCGUUCUUACAUGAUGGACCGUUCACUGCUAAUUCUAAUCUUUCCAGGCUGAUGAAAGAGAUCGACAUCAGUGUUGUUUCUGGAAUCAGUGUAGGUAAUUGGAAAAAGGCGUGUUUCACUGGGGCAAUUAGGGAAUCCCACUUUUCAGAUGUUGGGCUUAAUAUGAUUUCCAUGUCUUGUGGGAAUGAUGUUUCAAGGUUGACUUUUUGGUGGUCAAACAUUGUUGUACUGAGGGAUAUGAUUACCCAAGCCUUUGGAAAUAAACAAUCCAAUAAGUCGGAUAAAAUCGAGUCAGGGAUCUUUUCACGAAUCAUUGAGUCUAUUUGGUGCCAGACUUUGAAUCCUAAAAUGCUUACAAAUGAAGCAAAUGCAAAGUUACAUGGAGACUUUUCCACUAAUCUAUGUCAAAAUGCUCUUCAUGAUGCUUUCAAGAGAGUUUGUCCUGUUCGUGCAGGGGGGCAUGAAUGUGGUUGCCUCUCAUUUUUGGCAAGAAUGGUAAUGGAACAUUAUGUUUCCAGACUUGAUGUAACCAUGUUCAAUACAAUUCCCCAUGAUGAAAUUCCAUCCAAUCAUGUAAGAAUCCUACAUGACUUUCGAUUGAUGACCGACGUACUGUUCACAGAUACGGAACAAGAACAAAAGGAGGGUAGCUAUGUUGCGAUAAGUUGUUAUCUUUCCUCUGAUUACCUUUCUGCUUCAUUAUCCCAAUUUGUAGAAUUUGGAUUAGGGUUUUCUGUAACAUCAAUUUUUAAUAUUUUAGUGUUCUUUAGUUGCCCAAACAUCUGGAUAUUCUAUACCAACGUUGACUUACCUGUAUCUAGAUCUCAAAUCAAUUUACUUACAAGCAUCUUUAUCUGA